AUGCCUCCCCAUCAGCUCUACGCGAGAGACAACCACGGCCCCGAACUAGACAGAGGCAUCUGGGCCGCCGUUGUGAUUGCCGCGCUGAUCGUCAUCCUUAGAGUCUUCGCGAAGAUCAAGAUCAACCACUUCCGCGCCGAUGAUGUCUUGAUGGUUCUUGCGUCGAGUCUAGCAAUCGUCUCCUGCGUCUUCCUCACCCUCUCCGUCAAGCGUGGCUUCGGCAAGGACCUCGAAACGAUCCCCAGCGACGAUCGCAUGGCCGUUCUGAAAUACAUCGCUAUCCAGAUCCCCAUCGUCACCAUUAGCACAACGAUCGCCCGCACGGCUUUCAUCGUCUACCUCCUUCCCAUCCUCAGUCCGAACAAGAACUACCAGAUCGCACUAUGGGCCGUCCUCGUCAUCCAGCUGGCCGGUAACAUCGCCUCCGCCGUGCUGCCGCUCAGCAUGUGCCGCAACGUGAAUAUCCUCUGGGACCCGACGGUCAAGACGACCUGCGCCGAUCAGAAGGCCGUUGUCAAUUUCGCCUACUACUCGAACAGUUUCAACUCCUUCACCGACUUCUUCCUCGCCGUCUUUCCCACCGUCGUGUUCUGGAACCUGAACCUGAAAAUGCGCAUCAAGAUCAGCCUCAUCGUGCUCCUGAGUCUGGGCAUCGUAGCAAUGGUCGCCUCGAUCGUCAAAACCACCAAACUCGACCAAGUCCCCAGCGUCACGAACCUCGGCGGCAACGGCGCAGUCGAGCUCAUCCGGUGGGGCUAUGUCGAGAAUGCCCUCAUCAUCAUCACCUCCUCGGUGCCGUGCAUCCGGCCGCUGAUCAUCUCGUCCGUGCGCAAGAUCUCCAGCGGCGGGUUCACGCGCUCCUAUGAGCUCACGGGCCCGUUUAGCGGCAACCGUCGCACCGCGGGCGGGAACGAGACCGCGCAGUCACGGAGGCAGCAGCGGAAGUGGACGAAGACGGAGACGGGGAGUGUUGAGCGCAUUCUGGAGCCGCAUGGCACGCUGCAUACGCAAAAUACGAGCGUGAGUGGACGCGGCCAGUCGCCGGAACAUCUGGAGCCGGGAAUUACGAAGCAGGUGGAGAUUUCGGUGACGAAUGAUGGGAUGAGGUAG